AACAGAUCUGAGCAGAGCUGUCGUCCGACACUGCUGGCCUGAGCCACGCCACGUGGAGGUGAGGGGGUCAUCACUUUGGUUUCUGUCGUGGCAGGUGGACCCUGAUGACGUUCUCACAAAAGAGGAGCAGAUCUAUCUCCUGGUGGAGGCAAAGGAGAACUGUCAGAGAGACAUAAAAGCCCAGCUGGAGAAGCUCAAAGACUCCAGCUGCCUUCCCGAGUGGGACGGGAUCAUCUGCUGGCCAAAGGGCUCCCCCAGCCAGGAGGUGUCAGUGCCCUGCCCCGACUACAUCUACGACUUCAACCACAAAGGCCACGCCUACAGGUACUGCAGUGCUGAGGGGACCUGGGCCGUGGCUCUCAGCACCAACAAGACCUGGGCCAACUACACGGAGUGUGCCCUGCUCUUCUCCUCGGAGAGCCGGAGCCGCGAGAAGGAGGUGUUCGAGCGCCUGCACCUGAUGUACACCGUGGGCUACUCCAUCUCCCUCGCCUCCCUCAUCGUCGCCGUCUGCAUCCUCUCCUACUUCAAGCGCCUGCACUGCACCCGCAACUACAUCCACCUGCACCUCUUCACCUCCUUCAUCUGCCGGGCCGUGAGCAUCUUCGUGAAGGACACGGUGCUCUACUCGGGGGCGCUGGCCAGCGGGGCGGAGAGGCUGCAGGAGGAAGACUUCAAGGCAGAAAUGGGCCCCACGCCGGGACAAUGGAGCCACCUGGGAAGUGUUGGCUGCAAGGUGGUGGUGACUCUCUUCCUCUAUUUCCUGGCCACCAACCACUACUGGAUCCUGGUGGAAGGUCUCUACCUGCACAGCCUGAUCUUCAUGGCCUUCCUCUCCAACAAGAACUACCUGUGGGUCCUCAUCAUCAUUGGCUGGGGUCUCCCUGCUGUGUUUGUGUCUGUCUGGGCCAGCGUCAGGGCCUCCCUGGCUGAUACACAGUGCUGGGACCUCAGUGCAGGGAACAUGAAGUGGAUCUAUCAGGUCCCCAUCUUGGCUGCCAUCGUGGUGAACUUCUUCCUCUUCCUCAACAUCGUCCGGGUGCUGGCCUCCAAGCUCUGGGAGACAACCACAGGGAAGCUGGACCCCCGGCAGCAGUACAGGCAACUGCUCAAGUCCACGCUGGUGCUGAUGCCGCUUUUCGGAGUCCAUUACGUGGUGUUCAUGGCCAUGCCCUACACCGAGGUCUCCGGGGUGCUGUGGCAGAUCCAGAUGCACUACGAGAUGCUCUUUAACUCCUCGCAGGGCUUCUUCGUGGCUUUUAUCUAGCGAUCUCUGAUCCCUCAGGUGCAGGCAGAGAUCAAGAAAGCCCAUUUUCGGAGGAGCCUGGCUCUGGACUUCAAGCAGAAGGCUCGUGCCAGCGGCGCGGCGGGGAGCUGCUGCUACGGGGG